GCUUUGUGGAGGAGCAGUAAUCAGCCCAAAUUCACUCUCACACUUCCUGUGCGCUCACCCUUUAUCCCCCUCCCGACUUACUUCCCUCUAUUUCUGUGUUGUUGACUGUCUUUCUCAGUCUGGGCUAAUCACACACGGGAGGGGUACCGCUGAUAGAAUUUUAAUAUUCAUUUAUACACCAAGCCUUUGAUGUCCCCCAUCACCCCUCAGUGCAGUGUAAGCACUUCUCUAUCUCCCGCUCUGCCAGCACUGCCAGCUCAGAAUAUCUCCCCCUGCACCCUGUGCUUUGACUGUGUGUGCAUGCGUGUGCGUCUGUGUACUGACUGUAGAUUCUACCCGGGAAGCCGACACAAUGAAGGAUGAGGCCAUUGUCAGUAGGUUAAAAACCAACAAACAAAAACAAUGAAGCGAGGCAUACGUAGGAGACAGAUGAGUGAAUGGAUGGUCCAAAAACUUGAAUAUACUCCACGGGCCGGGGUCAAUCCAGACUCCUCUCUGGGCGUCACGCGAAGGUCAAUAAGGAAUUCAGUUGUUGUCAGUCGAACCCAUCGUGGAGCUUUGAUCGUGCUGCACUGGUAUAAAUGCGGCAACAUUACUUCAGUAGUUCGAAUGAAUAGGUAUUGUAUCAAAGGGACUAUGUUUCUGUACUUGAGUGUACAAUCUACUGUAACGUUCUCCAUCAUUUCCUGGGACUGUAAAAGCGGAAUUGUCAAGGGGUACACCCUGGAAUAAUCGGAACUCACAGUUUUAUUGUCAUACUAACACACGUUUACACACGAUAUGGCGCAAAAUGUGUUCUCCGAGGUCCCAGUUAAUAGGGCUCAAGAAAUACGUUGAAAUAAUACAACAUUGAAAAAAAAAGAAUCAAUAAAUACUAAUUGGCAGUUGUGAAUGCGUAUGACGGUGCAAAUGCAGCAAAGAUUUGGAUGCAGUGAAAAUACAAAUGCCAGAGGCUUGAACUGCACAUAAUACUUCAAUGACAUUUCCAAAUUGAAUAAAUGUGAACCCGGCGUAAGGGAAUCUUGUUCAUCUUCUGAUCAAUUAGCCAAACUAUUAGGAUGUGUUUCUCUGAGAGGUAUACUUUUCUUUGAAAUUGUUCCACAGUGUCUGUUUAUAUAAAGACGCACACAUACAGGAAAGUUAGUCCAUGUGGAAAGUGUAGUCCAGCGGGGCGUGUCUUUGGCAGUAAAGCGUGGCCUACUGUCUAUAUUUAGCCUUAAACGCUCUCUUUUCUCCCCUGCGUGACCCUCGCCCGCGCUGCGCUGCAGACAUUCCCAUAUCGGCGCAUAGAGAGACGCCGCCGACUGCAAAGAGGGCAAACACUCACAGAGUUUAUGGUGCAGUCGGCCGGUGGUGGUGAUGACAGAGCGACUCGCCGCCUUGAACGCUGAUUUCCUCUCAAGAAUACACCUGCACAUACUGGCUGAUGUGUUUCAUAAUUUCAUAAUUGUUUUGGGCUGGAGUGAAUUUAACGAUGGAGGAUGGCGAGCUCAUCAUUCGCUUGCCCGGGCGAUCCGGCACUCCGGUGGACAACAAUAGUUUCGGCGUCGGCGUCGGGUUUGGAGAGACCUUGGUACUGCGGCACAAAGAAGUUCAUAACUUCUUUUUCGUCCCCUUCAGGGAGCAGCCCAUCUACAGCACGCGGGCCCACGUCUUCCAAAUUGACCCCAACACCAAGAAGAACUGGCUGCCCACCAGCAAACACGCCGUCACCGUGUCCUACUUCUACGAUAGCACGCGAAAUGUCUACCGCAUCAUCAGCCUGGAUGGUACCAAGGCAAUAAUUAACAGCACCAUCAGUCCCAACAUGACGUUCACCAAGACCUCACAGAAGUUUGGCCAGUGGGCGGACAGUCGCGCUAACACUGUCUACGGCCUGGGAUUCUCCACUGAGCAUCAUCUGUCCAAGUUUGCAGAGAAGUUUGCAGAGUAUAAAGAAGCAGCACGGCUUGCUAAAGAGAAAAGUCAAGAAAAGAUGGAAAUGGCCACCUCGCCCUCUCAGGAGUCUCCGGCCGGGGAGCUCUCGUCACCUUUGACUCCCGUGACUCCGCCCAUGGAGAACAUCAACGGCACAGACGAAAUCUGCGACACGCCCCCCAACUCGGACUCCAGACCAGAACCGUCACAGAACGCGCUGGCCUUCGCUCAUAGGUACGUCGCCCACGCUGGCGUCCGCCAUGUUGCCCCGGCGAUGACCAAACACUGGGAAGCCGAGUUGGAGGCGCUCAAGGGGAACAACGCCAAGCUAACAGCAGCUCUGCUGGAGUCCACUGCCAACGUGAAACAGUGGAAACAGCAAUUGGCCGCUUACCAGGAGGAGGCCGAGAGGCUACACAAACGAGUGACAGAGCUUGAAUGCCAGAGCAACCAAAGCCCGGCCAUCAAAUCCCAGAAGACAGAGCUCAACCAAACUAUAGAGGAACUGGAGGCAACCCUGAGAGACAAAGAAGAGGAAAUGGAAAAGCUAAAAGAAGAAUUGGAAAACAUGAAUGACCUCAUGGAGCAGAAAGACAGCCUCGCCCAGAAACUCGAGGAGACGGAGCUCCGCAGUCGGGUGCUGGAGCAGCAGCUGGCGGGGGCCGAGCAGCGACUGGAGGAGAAUCAGGAGGAGCAGGAGAAUUUCAGGAAGAGCCUGCGAACGCUGCUGGAGCUGCUGGACGGCAAGAUCUUUGAGCUGACCGAGCUCAGAGACACGCUGGCCCGACUCGUUGAGGAGGCCAGUUAAGAGGAGGAGGCGCCGCACGACUUCAUUACAGAGCCGUACGAGCGUUUCGUCGCGCACCGCAACCAUUUGGAAGUUGAGAGAAAAUCCGAUUGCAGGCAUCGCCCUUCGCGGCUGAGGAGCCUCACCUUUGCCUUCGCAUCGAAUCCGCGGCGUCGUUCGCUCUGUCCAUUUUCAAUUGGCAAUCGAAAAUCAAAAGCAAAAAAACAAAACAAAACAAAGUGACAGAUUUGCUUAUAAAAUUCAAUUGAUUUCUUCAGAUACGCGGCGGACAAGGAGGAGAAGGACAAGGAGAGCCGCAGUCGCCGAUGCACUUUCGGCCUUUUAUUGAUUGAGGCAAGCAGUCAAACGCACUGAUACAAAAUGAAAACACUCACAAGGAGGAGCUGCUGUCAUCCACAACUCACGCCCGGGCGGCCACACGCAGAUCGGCCCACCCGACUCCACUUCCUGACAUCGACCGCGCCCCUUAAAGGCACAUGUUCCGCCAUCUAGCCUAAGAGCAUUUCACUGUUCUGGACGUCAGCGUACGUCGCUGGCUUGGAUAGAAGUACAAAUGUCGGAAAUUCAGACGAAUUGAAUGAAAUGCGAUCAUUUUCCGAUGCUUGGCGCUGCAAUGGCACAGUGGUUGGGAAUCACUGCACAAGUCGACUUGGGACAAAUCACUUCAACAACAACACCGUUCGUGUAUAUAUCUCAGUUGACUCAUUCUUGCGUCUCUAAUUCUCUUUACCAAACCUGCGGCUCACAUAAUGAUCAGAAUCAAUUCUUUUUUUUUUUUUUUUAUCUGAGCUUAAAAAUGAUUUGUAAAAAAAUCUGUCCUUUUUUUUUUGGGUGGUAACUUAAAAAAAAUAAUAAUAAUAAUAAGAAGAAGAAAAUAAUGAGUGUCUUUCAUUUUAUGAUUUUUGAUUGCCAAAUGAAAAUGGAAAGAAUGAAUGAAAGACGGAACUCGAUUUGGGCUUCUUGCUGAAGCGAACAUUUUGCUUGUCGGUGAACGUCAGGCUACAUUCCCACUCCGUCACUCCCACUUGACAACUGUGCCUCAGUGCCAUCCGUACACUCCCCCGUCAUUCGUGGAAAGUCAUGUGGAAAUAAUUGCUGUUCAGACUCCUCAAAAAUGUCGCCAAAGCUGCCAAAUCUCCUCAAACACUGUCCCGAUGUUGCAACGAUUCAAAGUGACUCGGCUGUACGGAGAAGCAACGAAAUGUGUCACAGUACCAGAGAAUCCAAAAAAAACGGCAUUAUUACACUAAGCUGAUCCACUACUUACAGCACGUACGUCUUACUUGAUAGCAGUGACAUUUUAUAUGAAAGGAAAUCAGUAGGGCCGUGACCAUUUUCACAUAACAAGAAAACUACCGGUACUCAACAAGAUGCCCCUCGACCAUUUGUUCCAAUGCAGUUUUCUACGCAAAAAUAGAAUACCAAAUCCAUCAUUGAAAACAAAUAAAGAAAUACAAUACACAUUUGUAAACCUUUUUAGGGUCAGGCUUGCAGAUUUCCCCAAUUCAGGGCAAGGCUAAAGUGCCAAUGAGACCCCUGCCAAGGUUGAACAAAAAAUGGAGACUGGUCGGCGAGGUGAUUAGUUCAUGGCAAAAUGCUUUGUCGGUCGCAUUUUUGUUUCCUUUCCAGAUUCUUGUAUGACGUUUUAAUUUUUGACUUCGUAUCCUGAAUUGUUCAAUCUCCAAAGCAUUUUCAAUCUGAAAGAUAGUCAAUGUGAUUCCUGAAACUAAUCCAAAGUAAAGCUAAAGUAAAAUUGUACCUGCAAGUUAACAAGCACAGUGUGGACCAAUAGAACGGCUUGUAUUCUGCGGUUGCGUUGCCGAGCAGAAUUCACAAAUUUAGAGCCCAGUGAAACAACGAACGAUCACGCGACCCGGCAAACUUGCGGAAUGCCGCCAAUGCGCCACGCGGCGGAAAAAGGACCAGGAGAAGCGGCAGCAACGCAGAACUUCCGGAGUUAGUCUUGAAAAUAUAUUUGCUGCGGUUUACGGUUUUCAUUUGUUCCGUGAGUCAAGGUAGCCCUGUAGACAACAAUUCUACGAUCGAAUCACUGCGCUGUAAGACAAGUAAGGAGCUUUUUUCCCCACAGUGCCAUCUGCUGUAUCUGGCGAGGCGCCGCCCCGCUUGCCCUUCCUGUAAAAUGGCCACUGCUCGAUAGAAGACGUAAAGCUUCCAUGGGUGUUAAUGAUGCCGCGCGGAAAUUUCCCAAGUCACUCUCAGGGGUCGGGCCUGAGAGCGACUCGCAUACGGACUGCUUCCAUCAUCGCAGGCAACGGAGCUGUCUUCCUGCCAAACUCAGUGUGGCGUGUGGGUGUGGGUGCGCGCGCGUGCAUGUGUGUGUGUGUGUGUGGGGCGCUUCUGACUUUCUGCUCGAAAGCGUGCCUUCCGAGCACACGCCAGCGGACUGACCGAAUCUUUGUACAUAAAAUGUGUGUGCUUGUGCUGUGAGAGAGCGAUCGUGUUUUGGGGACACCGAUGGUCGACACGCACACACGCACACGCACACGCACACGCACUGAGCAAUACCAGACAGGCUCUGUACAGCACCUCUGUGUCAUUCUAUCAGGUACUUUUUCUUCAAUUGGACUGCACACACAUCAACGCGGCUGAUCCACCCACUCUGCCCCCGACCAACAGGAAGUGCACUGCUGUUGACCUCCGACCUGUGCGGCAGCCCCGCUGGUCCAAGUGGUGCAUCACGAAGGGCUUCCGGAGCGUUCUAUCUACUAAUCGUGUGUGAAGUGACUUUCCACCCUCAGUGAAACUGGCAACGGCUUUUCACUUCUAUCGGUGAACACAGAACUUGAUUCCUUUUUUUUUUUUACACUGGCUAUAACAAUGAUAUAAAUAGAGAACCAUAUACGACAACUUUGUACUCAUGUAAAUGAAAGGAAGGCAAAUGCAGUAACACCCUGCAGUGACUUCUUGUUGUGUAUUAACCCACGGAAAAGGUGUUAUUGUAGAGUGGACUUUGUAAGCAAAGGGCGGCAACCUCUUGUCUAUAUCUACACUGAAAAUGCAUAACAGCGCAAUACUCUUACAUAUACCAGGUUGAUUAUUCUGAAUCGACGGCUUCUUCUGGAAAUCUUCGCCUUUGUGACUUUCAAGGUCCCCAAAUUGUUUUUAAACUUCACACCAGAUGCUGCAACUUCUACGGUCCUAAUUCACAUUAUUAAUGGAGCACCUUGUUUCCACUGUGUAACCACACAUUUGAACCACGUAAUGUAUCGAGAUUUGACUUUCACGUGAUAAUGAUCUACUUCAAUAGUUAGUUGCACACGUUAAUACACUGGAAUAAGGCCCAUGUACCGGAACACGUUACCCAAAUGUUGGAUUUUGAGGUGGCACACCUUAAGAUAACGUGCUUAAAUGCUGACGAAUGCCUUUGUACAGCAGCGGAAUUAAGCUUUUUCGUUUUAUUGUUUUGUAAUGUAUGGUAUUUAAUGUAGGUAACAUUAUUGUAUUUAGAGGUAUGAGAAGACUGGCAAUAUUUUUGACUAUUUAAAGUAAUUUUGAACUCAUGAUAUUAAAGAAGUACCUCAGGAUA